AUGCCUUUUAUUAAAGACUUUAAGCCAAUUGCCUUGAGUGACACCAACUUGUUUAAGCCAAUUAAAGUUGGUAACAAUGAAUUGAAGCACAGAGCUAUUUUACCACCUUUAACAAGAAUGAGAGCUCAAACUCCUGAUCAUGUUCCUCACAAAGAAUGGACUGAAAAAUACUAUGAUCAACGUUCUAAAAGAGAAGGUACAUUAUUGAUCACUGAAGGUGUUUUCAUCUCCAGACAAGCUGGUGGUUAUGAUAAUGCCCCAGGUGUUUGGUCCGAAGAACAAAUGACUGAAUGGAAAAAAAUUUUUGCUGUCAUUCACAAGAACAACUCUUUUGUUUGGCCACAAUUAUGGGCUCUAGGUUGGGCUGCUGAUGCCAAGAGUAUGGCCAGAGAUGGUUUAAGAUACGACGGUGCUACUGACGGUGUUUACAGUAACGACCAAUACGGUAAAAUCGCCAAGGAAAACGACAUCAAGAUCCAUGGUUUGACUAAGGAUGAUAUCAAACAAUACAUUAAGGAUUAUGUUACUGCUGCUAAAAAUUGUAUUGCUGCAGGUGCUGAUGGUGUUGAAAUUCAUUCUGCCAAUGGUUAUUUGUUAAAUCAAUUUUUAGACAUUAACUCUAAUAAAAGAACUGAUGAAUACGGUGGUUCAAUUGAAAACAGAGCUAGAUUUCCAUUGGAAGUUGUUGAUGCAUUAAUCGAAGCUAUUGGUGCUGAAAAGGUUGGUAUCAGAUUUUCUCCAUAUGGUACUUUCAACGAUAUGGCUGGUGGUUCUAACCCAUUGGGUGUCGCUCAAUUUGCUUACAUCACUGGUGAAUUAGAAAAGAGAGCUAAAGCUGGUAACCGUCUUGCCUUUAUUCAUUUAGUCGAACCUCGUGUCACUAAUCCAUUCUUAACUGAAGGUCAAGGUGAAUACACUGAUGGUACCAAUGAUUUCGUGUACUCUAUCUGGAAAGGUGUUAUUAUCAGAGCCGGUAACCUUGCUUUACACCCAGAAGUUGCAAGAGAAUUCAUGAAAGAUGACAGAACCUUAUUGGGUUAUGGUAGAUUAUGGAUUUCUAACCCAGAUUUAGUUGACAGAUUAGAAAAGGGUUUGCCAUUAAACAAAUAUAACAGAGACUUAUUCUACGCCAUGACUUCUGAAGGUUACUUGGAUUACCCAACUUAUGAUGAAGCUAUCAAGUUAGGUUGGGACAAGAAUUAA